GGGCGGAGAGGCCGGAACCUGCCGAGCGAGCGCGCCGGGCCCGCGGCUCCCUCCGCGGCUCCCUCCGAGGCCCGCUCCGUGGCCCGCUCGGCCCGUGGCGCGGCUCGGGCGCUGCCACGCCCCCGGCAGGGCCGCCCCUGGAGGUCCCCCUGCCCCGGGAGCUUUCGGGGCCCAGGGACUUGGAAUCAGGCUUGACCUAGGAUGACCUGCCAUCCUAGUGACACCGUUAGCGACGGGAAAGUUCGCCCUUCAGCAGUCGGCCAGGACUGUGGUCUAACGGGGCCUAAAGAGCAGCUUUCUCCUCGGACCCUACCAUUCCCAGCCCUCUGGCCCCACUGCACUCCGCCUGCUUCUUCGUCUUUUCCUCUUCUCUGGUCACUCCCACCCCCACAUCCUCCCACCCACCCUCUUCCCCAGGCUCCUGCACCACCUCUGUCUCAGGUCCAGGCCCUCAACUCAUCCUGUGGUGUGGGUCUUCCUCUGGGAAGGAGGGAGGAGGGACCAGGACCGGAACUGCACAGUGGUUGUCUGGAUGGGCUUAGGAGCCUUUUUGAAGGACCUCCUUGCCCCUAUCCCGGGUCUUUGAUGCCUUUCCAAGCCCCUGGAGCUUCCCAACCUUCCCCUGCCUCCCCAUCAGGAGACCAGAGUAUGGAGGAGCAUCUGGCUGUCAUGUACGAGAAGCUGAGACAAGAGCUUCCCACCCUCUUCCUUCACUCCCACGACUACACUCUGUACUCCAUGGAUGUGGAAUUCAUCAACGAGAUCCUGAACAUUCGAACCAAGGGGCGGACAUGGUACAUUAUAUCCCUGACCCUUUGUCGCUUCCUGGCAUGGAACUAUUUUGCACAGUUUCGGUUGGAGGUUCUACAGCUGACGCGCCACCCUGAGAACUGGACCCUGCAAGCCCGCUGGCGUCUAGUAGGUCUGCCCAUACACAUGCUCUUCCUGCGUUUCUACAGGCGUGAUAAAGAGGAGCUGUACCGGACCUUUGACGCCUACUCUACCUUCUACUUGAACUCCAGUGGCCUCAUCUAUCGCCAUCACCUAGACAAGCUGAUGCCUUCACACUCGCCAUCAACGCCUGUGAAAAAGCUGCUAGUGGGAGCUCUGGUGGCCCUAGGGUUGUCAGAACCAGAGCCCAGCUUCCACCUGUGUUCCAAGGCCUGAUCCACUGGAGGCCUUCACUGGAGUGAAGGCAGCACUGACGACUUUGCUACGCACAAAAGGAGGUGAAGGCGGACAAGACUGUCCAGAGCCAGCCGCCCUCACUCUCCCCUCCUCCCCUCUGCCCGUCUCAUGCUGUGUAAAGCUGCUGUGUAAUUUAAUUUGUAAAUAAUAAAGUUUAAACAAUGA